GGACCAAACACUAACCCAUUCAACUCUCUCGAUUGCAUCUCCUCCACAGCAAGGCUUCGAAGAAAAGAAAUACAAAGCAAGGAAUGAUGUCCGGCGCCCCAAGAGCCCGGAGAACCACCUUUUUCCACGACCCCUUCGCCCUCGACCCGUGGGACCCUUUCCCCCUCGAUCCGUGGGACCCUUUUCAACAAUUCCACCACCUUGGAGCGCCUUUCAGCCUCCCGGAGCCGCCGCGCCCUCGCCUCAUGGCCGAGACGGUGGCAUCGCCGCUCAUGAACACGAGGAUCGAACGGACUCAGACCCCGACGGCCCAUGUCUUCAAGCUCGACCUCCCUGGGGUCAAGAGAGAGGAGGUGACGGUCGAUUUGGAGGACGGUAGGGUGCUCAAGAUCGCCGGUGAGAAGUGCGUCGAGAAGGAGGACCGGAGCGAUAGGUGGCACCGCGUGGAGCGCGGCAGGGGCCGGUUCAUGACGUCCUUCGUGUUGCCCGAGAAUUGCAAGCCUCACGAGACGGAGGCGGCCAUGGAGAAUGGGGUGCUCACGAUCAGGGUCCCAAAGCUCGAGGUGCGGAACGGGUGGGGAGAAUCGGUUCGCUUGGCCGUCCGCUAGGACGAUUGCAAGUAUGAUGACUUUAGUGAGGAUACUCCUUUUAGGAGUCCUGUAAUUGUUCGCUAUGAUAAUUAUGUUGCCGCGAAUAGCUAAAUAAUUUGUUGGUUUUGCCCUUAAACUUAGGUUAAGUAAAGCAUAUGUAAUAAUAAAUGUAAUCUUAUGAAAGUGAAUACGGAUAUGGAUCUACACAUGAUUGUAGUUUCAGAUGUGCUUGCCACACUGA